GACAAACCGGAAGUAGCUUCUCCACCAAUCACAUUGUGCAAAGCGUCCUAAGCUGACGUCGUCAACCCGGUACAGAUGAACAACCGGUAGCUCUGAGAAGAACCGAGUGGUAGCCGUGAUUUCAUCCGUUUAAACCCUUACAAACCGUACAGGCACCAUGCCUUUCGAUGUCAGGAGAUUCGACAUCUACAGGAAAGUACCAAAAGAUCUCACUCAGCCCACCUACACAGGAGCUUUCAUUUCCAUCCUUUGCUGUGUCUUCAUACUUUUCCUCUUCCUCUCAGAGUUGACUGGAUUCAUAGCCACUGAAAUUGUAAAUGAACUGUAUGUGGAUGACCCAGAUAAAGACAGUGGUGGGAAGAUAGAAGUGAGUUUAAACAUCAGUUUGCCAAACUUACACUGUGAUUUGGUGGGGUUGGACAUCCAAGAUGAGAUGGGCCGCCAUGAGGUCGGCCACAUUGACAACUCCAUGAAAGUUCCUCUCAGCCAAGGAGCCGGUUGCCGCUUUGAAGGAGAAUUCACCAUCAACAAAGUGCCAGGGAACUUCCACGUGUCCACACACAGUGCCACGGCCCAGCCUCAAAGUCCUGACAUGACCCACAUCAUCCACAAGCUGGCCUUUGGGGAAAAGCUUCAGAUGCUUAAAGUGCAAGGCGCCUUCAAUGCUUUAGGUGGAGCUGACAAGCUAUCGUCUAAUCCGCUGGCCUCACACGAUUACAUCCUGAAGAUCGUUCCAACAGUUUAUGAAGAUCUGUCGGGCAGACGGAGGUUCUCCUACCAGUACACAGUGGCUAACAAGGAAUAUGUUGCCUACAGCCACACAGGCAGGAUCAUACCGGCCAUCUGGUACCGAUAUGACCUCAGUCCUAUUACAGUGAAAUACACAGAGAGGAGGCAGCCCCUUUACCGCUUCAUCACUACCAUCUGUGCCAUCGUGGGAGGGACGUUCACAGUGGCGGGCAUCAUCGACUCCUGCAUAUUCACCGCGUCCGAAGCCUGGAAGAAGAUUCAGAUUGGGAAAAUGUCCUGAGGACUACACCAACAACCCCGGCCCCCUACCCCCAUCCCCCCAAUGACUUAUUUAUAAGUGCAAAGUAGCCUGUUAUCUGAAUCCAAACCUGCUGGGACCAACUUCCUUGUAGAGAAGAAAUCCUGGUGCCCAGGGAAGGAGGUCCAGCACGUUGUGGAUCUCACUAUCAGGCUCCAUCUCUUUUUACUGACACGGCCCUCAGGCUCGCUAUGUUCCUGUGACUAUCACAUGUCCGCUUCCUCCAUCCAACUUUACUGUGUGUUAGAGGUCAGCCAAGGAAGCAAAUGCAAACAGCAACUGUUACCGUUACAAUUAAGUUUUUUGUUUUUUUUAUACCCCUCCCUUAUUUUUUUAUAUUUUCAAUUUACUGCAAAAUAAUGUGGACAAUUUUUGUCCCCAAACU